AUGUCCAGAGCAGUACCAGGCCUCACCAGCAGGCUGUGCACCGCUGGAGCUGGGACCCUGAGGACGAUGGUCCAUGCAGCAGGUCCUGGACUCACCGACAUCCCAGCGGUGGUGUCCCUCAUCUGGCAGAGGUCCAGGCGACAGGCAGAACACUUUGUGAACGAGUGGAUUAAAAGGCUCGCAGACGAGGAGGUGAAGAUGCUGAGGGAACACUCUGCUGGAACGGAAACCCCUGAUGACAGCGACCCCUUUCCGGAGAAGAGGAGUCAUGUUUCUGAGGAGGAGCAGUCGUCCUGCUGUGCUUCGUGUCAGGACGUCCUGAAGGAUCCAGUCUCCACCAGCUGUGGACACUGGUUCUGCAGACAGUGCAUCACCUCAUACUGGGACCAGUCUGCUUCUUCAGGAGACUCCUCCUGUCCCCAGUGUGGACAAAGAUCCAGAACAGGAGCUGGAGAUCGUGGUCUGCAGGAGGUUUUAAAUGAACAUAAGCUCAGUCUGAGGAGGAGAUGUGAACAUGUGACUGAAGGAAGUGAUGCAACAGGAAGUAGAACCCUCCUCAACAGGAUCUACACUGAGCUCUACAUCACAGAGGGACAGAGUGAAGAGGUUAAUACUCAACAUGAGGUGAGGCAGCUUGAGACGGCUUCCAAGAGGAAGAUCCUCCACGACACUCCCAUCAGGUGCCACGACAUCUUUAAAGCCUCCACUGACCAGCAGAGCAGCAUCAGAGUCGUCCUGACCAACGGCGUCGCUGGCGUUGGAAAAACCUUCUCGGUGCAGAAGUUCACUCUGGACUGGGCAGAGGGUUUAGAGAACCAGGAUGUGGGUCUGCUGACUGUGCUUUCGUUCAGGGAGCUGAACCUGGUGAAGGACCAGCAGCACAGUCUCCUCACGCUGCUCCGUGUUUUCCAUCCAGCGUUACAGAAGCUCACGGCAGAGACGCUCGCUGUCUGUAAACCUUUGUUCAUCUUUGACGGCCUGGAUGAAAGCAGACCUUCUCUGGACUUCAACCACAGGGAGCUUGUGUCUGAGGUCACACAGAGGUCAUCAGUCAACGUGCUGCUGACAAACCUCAUCCGGGGGAAUCUGCUUCCCUCGGCUCUCGUCUGGAUAACCUCCAGACCUGCGGCGGCCAAUCAGAUCCCUCCUGCAUGUGUCGACAGGGUCACAGAAGUACGAGGCUUCACUGAGGCCCAGAAGGAGGAGUACUUCAGGAGGAGAUUCAGUGAUGAAGAGCUGUGCAGCAGAAUCAUCUCACACAUCAAGACGUCCAGGAGCCUCCACAUCAUGUGUCAAAUCCCAGUCUUCUGCUGGAUCAGUGCUACAGUUCUGGAGCACAUGUUGACCACAGACCAGAGAGGAGAGCUGCCCAAGACCCUGACUGAGCUGUACUCACACUUCCUGCUGGUUCAGACAAAGAGGAAGAACAACAAGUACGGUGAGGGACAUGAGACGACUCCACAGCAGCUGACGGAGGCUGACAGGGACGUUCUCCUGAAGCUGGGGAGGCUGGCACUUAAACAUCUGGAGGAAGGAAACAUCAUGUUCUACCAAGAAGACCUGGAGCGGUGUGGUCUUAAUGUCACAGAGGCCUCGGUGUACUCAGGAGUUUGUACUGAGAUCUUCAGAACAGAGUGUGUGAUCUUCCAGAAAUCUGUCUACUGCUUUGUUCAUCUGAGCAUUCAGGAGUUCCUGGCUGCAGUCUACAUGUUCCACUGUUACACCGAGAGGAACACAGAAGAACUCAAGAACUUCUUGGGAACAUAUGGGAACACAGACAGUACCUUCUCCCUGGAUGAGCUCCUGAAGAGAACCAUGGAGAAAUCCCUCACCAGUACAAAUGGUCAUCUGGACCUGUUUGUUCGCUUCCUUCACGGCCUCAGUCUGGAGUCCAACCAGAGAGUCUUAGGAGGCCUGCUGGGUCGGACAGAGAACAAUCCAGAGAUCAUCCAGAGAGUCAUCAACAACCUGAAGGAGAUGGGGAGUGAUGAGUCUCCUGACAGAAGCAUCAACAUCUUCCACUGUCUGACUGAGAUGAACGACCACUCAGUUCAUCAGCAGAUGAAACAGUUCCUGACGUCAGAGAACAGAUCGAAGGAGAAACUCUCUGGGAUCCACUGCUCAGCUCUGGCCUACAUGCUGCAGAUGUCAGAGGAGGUUCUGGACGAGUUGGACCUGAGGACGUUCAACACAUCACGCCAGGGUCGAUGGAGACUGAUCCCAGCUGUGAGGAACUGCAGGAAGGCUCUACUCAGUGGUUGUGAACUCUUAGAGACUCACUGUGAAGUCGUGGCCUCAGCUCUGAAGUCAGACCCCUCACAUCUGAGAGAACUGGAUCUGAGUAGAAACUACUACCUGCAGGACUCAGGAGUGAAGCUGCUGUGUUCUGGACUGGAGAGUCCAAACUGUCGACUGGAGACUCUGAGGUUGAGGAACUGCAUUCUGUCAGAGAUCAGCUGUUCUUCUCUGGCUUCAGCUCUGAGGUCAAACCCCUCUCAUCUGAGAGAACUGGAUCUGAGAUACAACAACCUGCAGGACUCAGGAGUGAAGGAGCUGCUUGAUCUACAGCAGAGUCCAACCUGUCGACUGGAGACUCUGAGGUGGGAGGGGGCAUCUCUGUGGAGCUUUGUGUGAAGAGGACAGUGUGUGUGGACGGAGGCUGAGUUGUGUCCUGAGGAUCCAGAGGCUGAAGCAGCAGCAGCUUGUGUGUAGUCUCCAAUCUACACAACCCCUAAUCUGCAUGUGUUUGUGAGAUGAAGCCGGAGCACCUGGAGAAAACACGUGGAGAACAUGCAGACUCCACACAGGAAGACCCAUCUGAACCGGAUUCAAACCAGCAACCUUCCUGCCCCGAUUGUGUUUAUUCACAUGAAGAAUGUGUUUAUUGAAAUGACACAACACAAGCAGAAUAUAUAAACCCUCUAUAAAGAGUCACAUACAGUGUGUUUAAGUUUGUCUUUAUUAUUGUCCACCUUUGUCCCUCAGUAUGUCUCCAUGUGUGUAGAACCACAUUCUGUGUAGAUGUUUGUUUAUGAUCUUAAAGUUCCUGGAUUCACGUCACAAAUUGAUUUAGUUCAACACAAAGUUCAACACAUUGAAAUCACUUUGAGUUUAAAAUCAGAGUUUUGUCUUUGACACAAAAGAUCAAAACUCUGGACUUAAAAAUGGGACGUUUUCAUUUCUGCAUCAGGUGCAGAGCGGUGGUGGCUUUUCUACUUUUGACCCACAGGUGGCGCUGCAGUAUAACAGCAGCACAUCCCAGUCAAAGCCUUUAUAUUCAGUCUAUGAGUCAAACACAUGGAUCAUUUCCUCUGUGACAAACCAGAUGUAACGAGAAGAAAAACAUCUCAGAGAGAAAAGUUCUGUUUCUACUUGUCUCUGCUUUAAUGCUCAAUAAACAUCCUUCCACCGACUUCA